AAUGAGCACUAGAACCCCAAUACCUACUUUCAUUCUAAAGACUUAUCAAAUGCUCGAAGUAAUUAAUACUUAGAAUUUAAUAAGGAACCUAAAAAUAGUAAUAUUGUUAGUUGGACUGCACAAGGCACUGCUUUCAUAGUUUACAAUCAGUAGCAAAUGGAAAAAUAGGUGUUAUAAAAUUUCUUUAAACACAGUAAUUACUCUAGCUUUGUGAGGUAUAAGACAAUUAAAUUACAACUCUUAGAUAAUUAAACUUAUAUAAUUUCAAGAAAGUUCGAUCAAAUGAAGGAUAAAUUUUUAAGCAUAAAUGUUUUAGAAAAGGAAUGAAGUAAUAUUGUUGGUUUAAUAUAGAUCUAUGUUAUAAUUUAUAAAAAGAAGAAAUCAAGAAGAGAUAUAGGCACCAUAAACAUAAGAAGAACCAAGUAAUUUAAUCUUAGUAUUUUGUAGCCAUAAAUAUCAAAGAGGAAUAAAAUUUGUUCAAAGAAUGUGCACUAGAUAUAAAGGAAACUAAUAACAAAUUAAAAGAAGAUAUGAAACUAUUAUAAGAAACUUCAUCCUAUCUUAUUGAUUAAAUGCAGAAUUUAAAUCAUGUAUGAUAGAUAAUAUAAUAAGUUUGUUUACAAUCAAAGUGUUGACAUUGAAGUAAAAUUUAAAUAAGUUGGAUAGAUGUUACAUGCAAUAAAUGAAGAAUUGAGAUAAGAAAGUAUUUCCUUAUCUAAUAUUAGAUAAAAGUGAGACUCAAACUAAUAAAUUGUUAGGUGACUAUAAAUAUACAAAAGAAUUAGAUUUUUAGGAAUCAAAAAUCGGUUCUCCAAACCCAUAUGUUGAUUAUAAUAGCACAGCAUUAAAUCCUCUUGAUUAUGAGUGCUUUAUUGAUUCGUUUUUAUGACA